ACUACUGCCCCAAAAGAAGAGCAGUAGGGGAAGCCUUUGCAGGGCAUGGCUUUUCUCUGUUAUUCUACAUCUCUCUUCUUUUUCUCUCUAUUUUCUGCUUGUAGAAUAAGUGGAAGAUGGGAGCUUGGUUGUUGUGUGUUUAUUAGUGAUAUUAUUGUCAUUAUGAUGAGUGUAAAAUGAGGAACUUUUGACCAUAGAAAAGAGAUCAGGAUAAAGCAAAGGGAAAGGGGCAUACGUAUGUGUGAGCUUGUAGGGGGUGAAGAAUAAAAAAAAGAGGUUUUUUUUUUUUUGCUUUAUGAUUUGUCAAUGAGAGAAGAGUUGAGUGGAAAGACACCAAGUUUCGCUCCUUUUUCGUAAUGUAGGUUGAAGGCUGCUUGCAAGCGAAGUGAAUUUAGAGCUUCUUUUGGGGUAGUGGUGGAGGGGUUUUAAAAAAAUCUUUCUUUUUUGGUCCCUUGAGAAUCAGUGUUGCUUUAGUGUUUUUAAUAUUUUGAAGAAAAAAAGGGUGGGUUUCAAAGAUGCCUAUGUUUCAACCCUCAAAGAGGGACGGGGUUGUUGUUGCUGGAUUUGAUGGUAGUGGUGAUGGGCAAGUUCUAGAUCUGGACACUGCUGUUAAAGAUGGGGUUUUGGGUGGUGGUGUUGGCGGUGGAGUCAUUGGUGCUGCCGUUGGUGAGAAAUUGGAUCUGAAGAAAAUGAUUGAGGAGCUUGAUUUACCUGAGAUACCUUCUGUGUUUAUUUGUCCAAUCUCUCUUGAGCCAAUGCAAGACCCUGUUACUCUUUGCACUGGCCAAACCUAUGAGAGGUCCAACAUUCUCAAAUGGUUCAAUUUGGGGCAUUAUACUUGCCCCACUACAAUGCAAGAACUUUGGGAUGAUUCUAUAACUCCAAAUAGAACCCUUUACCAUUUGAUUUGCACUUGGUUUUCGCAGAAGUACUCGCGUAUGAAGAAGAAAUCCGAGGAUGUACAAGAAAGAGUAUGUGAGCUUCUUCAGACAUUGAAGAAGGCUAAGGGUCAAGCCAGGAUUCAAGCCUUGAAGGAGUUGAAGCAAGUUGUGGCAGUGCAUGCUACUGCAAUCAAGACGGUGGUUGAUGAAGGUGGAGUUGCUCUAAUUUCAUCAUUGUUAGGUCCAUUUACGUCCCAUGCUGUUGGUUCCGAAGCAAUUGCCAUUCUUGUCAAUUUGGAGCUUGAUUCAGAGUCCAAAACCAAUUUGAUGCAGCCAACAAAGAUUUCAUUGAUGGUAGAUAUGCUGAAUGAAGGGUCAGUGGAGACUAAGAUCAAUUGUACUCGAUUAAUAGAGAAGCUAAUGGAGGAGAAGGAAUUUCGCUCGGAGAGCAUAUCCAGCCAUCGGCUAUUGGUCGGUCUAAUGCGCUUAGUGAAGGAUAAGAAGCACUCGAAUGGAAUCUUGCCCGGACUUAGCUUGCUCAGAUCUAUAUGCUUACAUAAACAAGUCAUGAGUUUGAUUGUGAGUAUUGGAGCCGUUCCUCAAUUGGUUGAAUUGUUGCCUACUUUGGAGCCUGAUUGCUUGGAAUUAGCCCUUUUCAUAUUGGACGCAUUAUCUUCUCUUCCGGAAGGCAAAGAGGCAUUGAAGGAUUGCGGGAACUCAAUUCCGAACAUGGUGAGACUUUUGAUGAGGGUUUCAGAAAGCUGUACUCAAUACGCAUUGUCAAUUCUGUGGUCUGUAUGUAAACUUGCCCCUGAGGAAUGCUCCUCAGUUGCAGUAGAAGCCGGUUUAGCAGCAAAGCUGCUUCUAAUGAUUCAGAGCGGUUGCAAUCCCGUCCUGAAGCAAAAGUCUUCGGAGCUCUUGAAGCUAUGUAGUCUAAAUUAUACAGACACCAUCUUUAUUUCAAAGUGCAAGCUCACAAGGACAAUCCAAUGACAAGUUAAAAGGUCCUGCCAUAAUUGGUUCUUGAAACCUUCCAAGAAUGAACAAUGAUUCAUAUAAGGGCUUUGAGGUAUGAAUUAGCUCUGGUGUACAUAUUUUAAGCACUUCAAUUCGAGCAAUUUGAUUCAAAGUUUACUUAAAAGAACACUCAUAAUGUGGACAAGGAAAAGAAAGCACAUUCAUGCUGAUUAUAUCGCUCUCUUUUCCGAUGCCUUGAAAUGAACCCCAAAAGGAUAAAUGAUGUUGAAAAAAAGUUUCAUAUGGAAUGGAUUAUAGUUGGUGGGGUAUGUUGUAGGAUGGAAUUGUUCUGUUUGUGCUAGACUUUGGAGCUUGCAAUCAAAAUUGUAAUGGACAAAGAAUUGCUUUUGCUCCUUUGUGUGGGGAGAAAUUAAAAGCUAAAGAUAGGGGAAAAUGUAUUGUGU